UUAUAAAAUGUUAAUAUUACAGUCAUUCGAUAUUUGUUUAAAGUUCUGUUAACAUCUUGAAGAAUUAAAGAUGAGUUCAAAAUUUAAAUCCGAGAAAAUUGGCGUUUACGGCAGCGAGAAAUUGGCACAGUCUUGGGUCAUUACUUUUGCAUCGGCCGGCUAUCAAGUGGUGAUAUAUGAUUCACAAAAUAAUAAAAUCAAAAAAGCUAUAAAAAAUAUUCGAGAACAGCUCAAAUCUUUGGAAAAAGAUAAGCUACUGAAAGGAAACCUCAAAAAAGAAGAUUAUUUCCAAUGUAUCUCUGGUUCAUCUGAUAUAAACGCCCUCAAGGACACAAUUUUAAUCCAAGAGUGUGAAUUAGAAGAUCUAGAAAUAACAAAGAAGAUUUUUCAAGAGUUGGACGGUGUGGUUGAUGUCGAAACUAUCCUGUCUAGUUCCACUGGCAUUUUUCGUCCUUCCCUAUUUUCUGAUGGCCUAAAGCACAAAUCACAGGUAAUAGUUUGUCACCCAGUGGAACCUCCAUAUUUUGUUCCAUUGGUGGAAAUCGUACCAUCGCCCUGGACCAAGCCAGAGGUAGUAACGAAGACCCAGGAUAUCAUGACCGCAGUUGGUCAGACACCUGUGGUACUUUCCAGGGAGAUAGAUGGAUUUGUAAUCAAUCGCAUCCAGUUCUCCAUCUUAAAUGAAGUAUGGCGACUGAUUGAGGCGAAAAUAGUAGACGUGCAAGAUAUAGAAAAGGUUAUAUCUCAAGGGCUAGGAUUGCGGUAUGCUUUUUAUGGCCCUUUGGAAUCCAACCAUUUAAAUGCUGAGGGUAUGAAGAGCUCGAUUGAGAGAUACGGAGAAGCAGUAUAUCGUGUCUCCCAAUCCAUGACUGAAAUCCCACGUAUGAGUCGAAGCGCCAUUACGGAAGAAAUAUGCCAGCAGAUGAAUAAAAUUGUACCUCUGAAUCGCCUGAAGGAGAGACAAACGUGGCGAGACGAAUGCCUUGCCCGCCUCGCUAUCCUUAAGAAGAAGAUGAAUGAGGCAUCUUAAGGUUUAGAUGAAAAUAUUACUAUGAAUACAAUUUCUGAUAUCUA